GAUUAGACCCGCCCACACUGUGUGCAUCAGCAUCAAGCUAAGGUCACUCUCAUUCGGGAACUUACCCAGCACUGCACAACACCAGCGAAGGAGAGAUUUGCUGCAAAUCCACAACCAAAAUGUCUCUGUCAAACAAACUCACUUUGGACAAGGUGGAUGUGAAAGGGAAGCGCGUGAUCAUGAGGGUUGACUUCAACGUGCCUAUGAAGGACAAGACGAUAACCAAUAACCAGAGAAUCAAGGCUGCAGUCCCAUCAAUUCAAUAUUGUUUAGAUAAUGGGGCCAAAGCUGUAGUUCUGAUGAGCCACUUGGGCCGGCCAGAUGGAGUCCCCAUGCCAGACAAGUACUCUCUGGAGCCUGUGGUUGCAGAACUCAAGAACCUGCUGGGAAAAGACAUUCAGUUCCUGAAGGACUGUGUGGGUCCAGAUGUGGAGAAAGCCUGUGCAGACCCACCUGUAGGUUCUGUCAUUCUGCUGGAGAACCUGCGGUUCCAUGUGGCCGAGGAGGGCAAAGGCAAAGACGCAUCGGGUAACAAGACCAAAGCAAGUCAGGGGGAAAUCGAUUCUUUCCGAGCCUCCCUAUCCAAGCUGGGUGAUGUCUACGUCAACGAUGCCUUUGGAACUGCGCACAGAGCUCAUAGCUCCAUGGUUGGAGUGAAUCUCCCUCAGAAAGCAGCUGGUUUUCUGAUGAAGAAAGAGCUGGACUACUUUGCCAUGGCCCUUGAGAAACCACAGAAGCCUUUCUUGGCCAUUCUCGGAGGGGCCAAGGUCAAAGAUAAGAUUCAGCUGAUCAACAACAUGUUGGACAAGGUGAAUGAGAUGAUCAUUGGUGGGGGAAUGGCCUUUACUUUCCUCAAGGUUCUCAAGAACAUGGAGGUGAGUGGCUUGAAGCUUCAUUCAAACUGCAAACUAAAGUGCCCAACUGCAUUUUUUGUUUAAAAACACAUUGACGAGAAGGCGGUGACAGGGUCUGCAUCAGUAGCCGAUGGUAUUCCAGCUGGCUGGAUGGGUCUAGACUGUGGUUCUGAGAGCUCAAAGCUCUAUGCAGAGGCUGUAGCCAGAGCCAAGCAGAUUGUGUGGAAUGGACCUGUUGGUGUGUUUGAGUGGGACAACUUCUCUCGUGGAACCAAGAACUUGAUGGACAAAGUUGUGGAUGCGACCAAAAAUGGCUGCAUCACCAUUAUUGGUGGGGGAGACACAGCAACCUGCUGUGCCAAGUGGGACACAGAAGACAAGGUCAGUCAUGUGAGCACAGGAGGCGGAGCCAGUCUGGAGCUGCUGGAGGGUAAAGUGUUGCCUGGUGUUGAUGCCCUCAGCAACGCAUAAUUGCUCUGAGCCUCUUCUGCCAAGGGUUGGGAAGCUGUCAUUCUUACUCACUCAGCAUUUGUUCAGUGUUCUAUCACCUGCAAAUGACAACUACUCCACUCUCUAUGGACUCUCUGACCUGUUGACUCAUGCACAUUCAGAUCAUCCAUUUGCUUAUCUUCUAUCAAAUAACCUAAAGCGUUUCUCAUUCAAGAUUUUUUCAUCCAUUAUGAGUGAAAGGUUGACAUCAGCAGUAAUGGCUGUUCCUGUUAUGGUUGUUAUAUUCGAGAAGAUGGGUCAUUUGUUUUAUCUGCUUAAGUGUUAAUGUGUCCCAUUGUAGUCUGAAUGUGUGCAUAGUGUAAUCGUUGUGUUGUAAUUCAAAAGUUUAUAUUUGAUAUUUGUGGCCUCCCCACAGAUGUUGAGUACCUGUAAUACUGUAGACACUUUCCUCCCCAUAUUGCACUUGUCAUCCUUGACCUGCAGCUUAUGAGAUGGAUGUUCCGCACUGGAAUUAUUAUGAUGGGCUAAUUGUUAGACCCAGGCGACAUGUCGUGGAGUAAGAAUGAAAAUAAUAAUAAAAAUCAUAAAAAUCA